CUACUGGCGAUAAGCUUGUGGGCUAUUUCGGCCGAGAGAUAAACUUUACAAAGCGCUUUUGUUUUACAAAGUACACUUUUCAGUUUCUAAUUUCCAAUCAUCGAAUAAAAAUGGCUUUCGUUGUGCUAUGCCUAACGCUAACAAUGCUGCUGUGCGCUCAUCUGUUAUGGAAAUGCAGCUAUUGGCAACGGCAUGGGGUGCGUGGGCCGCGCGGUUUACCAAUUUUGGGAAAUAUGUGGGAAUUUUUUCUCGGUCGCAGGCAUUACGGUGAUGUUUAUAAAAAUAUUUAUGAUGCACAUCCACACCUGCCUUACAUUGGCAUAUAUCGGCUUUUUAAUGAGCCGGCGGUAUUGGUUCGCAGCCAAGAGAUGAUUAAAGAAGUGAUGAUACGCUCCUUUCAGCAUUUUCAAGAUAAUGUCCUGUGGGUAGAUGAGAAACGUGAUCCAAUCGUGUGCUAUAAUCCAUUCAUUGCCAAAGGCGUGCAGUGGAAACAAAUGCGUGCGGAAAUUUUGCCUAUUUUUACACCAAAUAAGGUCAAAGCGUCGUUUCACCACAUCAAAUCGAUCUGUGAAAAACUUGACGCAUAUGUAUCGCUACACAUACUCAACUCAAUUAAUUGCUUUGAAGGAAAGGAUCUUUUCUCCAAGUACACACUGGAUGUGGUUGCUUCGGCCGCCUAUGGCCUUGACGGUGCUGCACUCACCAAUACCAAUUCGGACUUUACGCAACUUGUUGAGAAUCUCUUUUUGCCACAUGCCUGGAGUUUGCUUGAAACCAUAGCGCUACUCUUCUCCCCGCAACUCGGCAACCUCAUAAAAUACCAUUACGUGCCAACCGGCGUUCAAGACUGGCUGCAAGGGAUAAUUGGAAAAGUGUUGGAAAUUCGUUGCGCGUCCGUGGGUUCAGCGGGUUCAGCGGGUUCAGCGGGUGUGAGUGUAAAGUCAAACGAUUUCAUACAAUGGCUUAUUGAGGGUAAACAGAAGUUGCAUGAGCCCGUCGAUGCGACGACAAUCGUCGGACAUUGUAGCACUUUUUUAUUGGAGGGUUUCGAGACAUCAUCUUCGUUAAUGGCGUUUGCUUUGCACGAGUAUGCUAAAAAUCCGCUGGUACAAAAACGUGUGCAACAGGAAAUAGACGAAGUGCUAGCUCGUCAUGGUGGCGAUAUUUGCUAUGAUGCAAUUCAGGAAAUGUCAUAUCUAGGAGCAACACUUUAUGAAACUUUGCGCCUUUAUCCGCCUAUGAUGGCACUGCUGAAGCACUGCACGAAAGAAUUUGAGCUACCAGCGCAGUCUAUGGGCGGCAAGUCUUUCAAGGUGCCUGUUGGAAUGGUUUUCGUCAUACCAGUCAAAGGAGUGCACUACGAUGCGGAUUUGUAUGAGAAACCUUUGCAAUUUCAACCUGAACGAUUUUUGAAUCAAAAUGAAAAAACGCAUGGCUGUAUGUUUUUGGGAUUUGGUGAAGGUCCGCGUAUGUGCCCAGGAAUGCGCUUUGGCUUGGCUCAAAGCAAAGCCGGCAUCGUUACUUUGCUAUCAAAGUAUUCUGUCCACUUGUGUGAGAAUAACAAACCAUUCAAAAUGUCUGCAAAAACUUUUCUAACAGCCACCGAUGAUGGUAUAUGGAUUUCGUUUGAGGAAAGAAAGUUUAAUGGAAAAGCAGCGUUAGUCUAAUUUCUAAGAACAAAACAAUGAAAAAAAACACAGUUCUAUCGAACAACUAAAUUGCCAAAGACAUUCAUAAAAAAAAUAGUAAAGUGAAAUAUGCGCUGGCUGGCACAGUGCCCUGGCUAUGACGGUGAUGAUGGGUGGGAAAAAAAUGCCAAAGUAGUGACAUUAUAAUUGGAUGCGUAUGCGGUAGGGGGCUAACUCGGCAGUCGUAAUAAAUAAAACUUUUUUCGAAAAAAUCCAAAAAGAUUUUCAUCACUUUACUAAUUAGCUUUAAAGAAAAUGCUUUGCUAAUUAAUAGCUUGUGACAGUCAACAUGGGCUAUGGAUGAGUAUUUAUAUAUCAAGAAGACAACUUUGUUGG